AUGCCUAAUGUCACUGCAAUAACUGGAUUUAUCCUUAUGGGGUUCUCUGAUACCCAAUCCCUACAGACUUUAUGUGGAGUGUUCUUCCUAGUGAUGUACUUGGCAGGCCUGUUAGGUAACCUGAUCAUCAUCACUCUCAUCACCCUUGACCUGCAGCUUCAAUCACCUAUGUACUACCUCUUGAAGAAUUUGUCCAUGUUGGAUGCUUUUUUUAUGUCUGUUCCAAUCCCAAAUUUCUUUGUCAACAGCUUAACUCACAACAAUUCCAUUUCCAUUCUUGGUUGUGUCUUGCAAGUAUUUUUAAUGACUUCAUUUGCAGCAGGAGAAGUAUUUAUCCUGACAGCUAUGUCCUAUGAUCGUUAUGUGGCCAUUUGUACUCCCCUGCACUAUCAGGCCAUAAUGAAUAAUAAUACAUGUGUGUUUAUGGUGGCUGUUUCCUGGGCUAUUGGGGUAAUGUUUGGAGUCAUAUAUACAGCUGGCACAUUUUCUAUGCCUUUCUGUGGUUCCAAUGUUAUCCCUCAGAUUUUUUGUGAUAUUCCCUCUUUGCUAAGGAUGUCAUGCUCUAAAAAACUUGUAGCAAUUUAUUCAAGUCUUGGAAUUGGUGUUUGUGCAGGCAUAUUUUGUUUCAUUUGCAUUGUGAUCUCUUACUCUUACAUUUUCUCCACUGUGUUUAAGAUUCCUACUACUAAAGGUCAAUCCAAAGCUUUUGCCACGUGCAUCCCCCACCUCACUGUUUUCACUGUUUUCAUUGCUACAGCUUGCUUUAUCUAUGUGAAGCCACCCUCACAUGUACCAACAAUUACAGACAGGGUAUCUUCUGUGUUGUACACUGUGUUACCCCCAAUACUUAAUCCUGUGAUCUAUACACUGAGGAACACUGAUGUCAAGUGUGCUCUGAGGAGGCUGCAGCAAAAUCUCUGCCCAAGUGGUUCACUUCACAUAAAUCUUUAA